AAUAAAUGAACUUUUUGAUGAUAUUCUAAUUAUAUGACCAGCACCUGUGUGUAUAUAUAUAUGGUAAAUAGACUUGUACUUGUAGCUUCUGACUACUUUAACAUGUUCAUUCACACACAUUCAUUCACCGAUUGAAAAGCCUUCGGGAGCAUUUGGGCUUAAGUGUCUUGCCCAAGGACACAUCAACAAGGAUGACCCACUCUACGACUCAGCCACAAUCGCCCCAAUAUAAUUAAAGAUCAAAAAUGAAAGCUCAGCAGCUGAAUCAGACAUUAUCUUUAUUAUGUUCAUUGGGUUAGGACCUCAUCAUAUUGAUUGUGAUGGAUCCGCCCCUUUAUUGAUCACUUUGAUUUAUUGAUAUCUGGAAGGACGGUAAAGCUGUUGUUGACUCUGACCUGAAUGACUAAGAAACUUCAUCUUACAGAAGAAAUACAUACUGGCGAGUUCAUUCAUGUCUCUCGUCCUGGUUUUACUCUGUAUUCUAAGUCUGUAGUCCUGGUCUCCCUCUAGUACUGGGCUGUAGUCAUGGUUUUACUCUUUUGUCUGGGUCUGUAGUUCUGGUUUAACUCUGUAGUCCUGGGUUAACUCUAUUCCCAGUCUUUAGUCCAGGUCUAACUCUAACCCUGUUUCCUGUCCUGUUUUAAGAAAUACGAGAAACCGAAGUUCGUUCAGUGUCUGGCGUUCCUUAGUACUGGAGACAUCCUGACCGGAGACUCUGGAGGGGUCCUGCUGGUCUGGACCAGGAGCUCUGCUGAGACCCCCACUGGGAAGGGACCCAGAGCGUUUCAGAUCAGUCGUCAGGUGAAAGCUCAUGAGGGCAGCGUGUUCUGUGUGUGUGAGAUGAGGAGCGGCACUCUGCUGACCGGAGGAGGAAAAGACCGAAAAAUCAUCCUGUGGGACCACGAACUGAGAGCUGAUCGAGACAUCGAGGUGCCGGAUCAGUACGGAACCAUCAGAGCCGUGUCUGAGGGGAAGGGGGACGAGUUUCUGGUCGGGACGUCCCGUAACUUCAUCCUCAGAGGAACCUUCAAUGACGGCUUCCAGGUGGAGGUCCAGGGUCACACAGAUGAGCUGUGGGGUUUGGCCUCUCACCCGUCCAGAGGUUUGUUCCUGACGUGCGCUCAGGACCGGCUGGUGUUGGUCUGGAGCUCCGUGGACCACAGUCUCCAAUGGAGCCGCACUCUGGAGGAACACGGACACUGUGCAGACUUCCAUCCCAGUGGAGCCGUGGUCGCCAUAGGAACACACUCUGGAAAGUCAGUACAGAUCAUUUAUAUCUUUUUUUAUAUUGACCCACUUUUGAAAAAUGAAAAACCACGAGGCCUCAUUUCUAAAUGAGGAGCUUAUUUGUGUGUGACCCAUCUUUACUGCCGUUAAAAAUACGUUUUAUCAUGAGUGAAAAUAUGUUAAAUAAUUUAUAAGCGAGACAAAAAGAAAUUGUUCAUCAGUAAAACACAAAGGAUG